AAAUUAGAAGAAACGCGGUUUAAUUUUAUAUCCGUUAACGAAAUAACCUAAAAACUCUUUCUCGAGAGUUUCGUAUCGAUUAUUGUAUAUUUAGAAAAUUUAAAUAGCCCAAAACUCUUUCUCGAGAGUUUGUAUCGAAAGUUUCGUAUCGAUUAUUGUAUAUUUAGAAAAUUUAAGUAGCGAGCAACGCGAUCUAUGCGGUAUAACUGUUAUCGCAAAUGACAUCACAAAGUACUUUUAAAAAUCCGCCCCGGUGACAUGAUUAUCAGGAUUUCUGCAAUGGUAAACAAUGAUAAACGAAACGGUACUAAGUACUGUAUAACAAAGAUCUCGUAAAUGUAACAAUACGAAGUAACGAUGGAUUCUGAUUUUAAAUACGUAGUUAUAGUAACUGGAUUCGGACCGUUCGGCGAUCAUGUUAUUAACGCCAGCUGGGAGGCUGUGAAAGAAUUAAGCAAACUGCACGCCGAUUCGAAGGAGUUCAUAGAUGUUAAAUUGAUUGUCGAAGAGAUACCAGUUUCAUACGACGAUGUAGCUAGUUACGUACCCAAACUCUGGAAAGAAUACAAUCCAACGGUAAUUCUACACGUCGGUGUGUCGCACAAAGUUGAUUGUUUAACUAUAGAAUGUUGUGCGCACAGCAACGGCUACGAAAGACCAGACAUAUACGAUAAAUGUCCAGAUGAAAGUAAGAUUACGCAGGAGGUAUUAAUAACUAACGUCGAUGCUCAUAAGAUUUGCGACACGAUAAAUGAAAAUUCAAUGGAAACGGAGUGCAGUGCUUGCGUCUCGUACGAUGCAGGUAGAUUUCUUUGCGAAUAUGUAUUUUACCAAUCUCUGCAUAUAGAGCCUACGAAAGUAUUGUUCGUUCAUGUUCCUGAUUUUACUACGUAUUCGAGCCUUCGAACUGCCAAAGGCUUGCUUCACAUUUUACGUUGUAUGAUUAAAUGCGCGAGGGAAGGAUAAUAUUGGUCGUUGCUAGUCGUGGGAUGAGCCUCUUGGCGUAACAAAUUAUAAAAAUAACUUACGAAUUGUAUUUUAGAUAAAAAAAAAAUGAU